CCAGAUUAAAUCCUUUUGCUCCUCCUCCAUCUUGCGAAUCCCCCUCCGUCCACCUCCUCCAAAACGUCUCUCCGCCGCACUACCCCUACAUCCUUGUCGCCCAGCUCGUCAGUAAGCGUCAGGAUGGCCCAACCGAGUUCGACCCACCAUGAUCGCACCGAGCGCGACCGCGACCGCGACCGUGACCGUGAACGUCACCAUCGCAGUGAACGAUCUUCCUCGCACCACCACCACCGCACCAUUUCUUCUACAACUCUUCUCCUCGUUCUUUCCCUUGUCCUGGCCGGCCUAGCCAUCAUGCUUUCCCUGCCACGACAGCAGCAGUACCCCGCCGACCCUGCGACCGAAACCAGUUCGAACGGGGUCUGGGGAUACUUGUCGCCCAAGCGCACGCAAGCUCUUAUCUCUCGUGAAGGAGCUGUUGCCAGCCGUGAGGCUGAAGUAGCGCGUCGUGAAGCAGAGCUUCUCGUCGGUGCCCCUGGUGGCAUCCCUUCCUGCCCCCCAUGUGCUGCAACGACUGUAUACGAAACAGUCAGCCCCCUGCGCAGACGAUCAUCCAGGAGAUUGUCAAGGAGGCAUCCCUCACACCUCCUGGCUGGGCCGCAGGGAGAGCCGACGAGAUUCUUGACCGCGAGUUGCGCAUUGCCGAACGCGAGCGUGAUAUCAGCAAGCGCGAAGAAGUCGUGAACCGACGUGAACACGACGCGUCGCGACGCGAAGGGUGGAUCAUGGAGCAACUUAUUGCUCUCGGUAACGACCAACCGGAAGCCGUCGAAGAGGAGUACAUUUACGAACCGAAACGAAAAGCCAAGGUUAUCCACCAACUUCCUCCCAUUGAAUAUUCUGCCCCCGAGGUUACGACUGUCGUUCAAACCCAAACUGUCACUGUUCCAGCACCAGCUAACACACGCCGAGCCGCAUCCCCCGUUGCCCAAGUCGUCGACUCGUCGUACAGCACUGCCAUCCCGAAGACGACCGCUGUUGAAAUCAUUCAUGAAACAAUGAUGGAUGAGGAUGAGAUGCAGACUGUCACGAUGGUUCGAGGCCCAAGAGCGACACGGCGGCCUCGUGGUUGGUUCGGUGGCUGGUAGACCUGGCUUGUGACUCUUUUUUCUUUUUCUUUAUUGUUCCCUACCUCUCUUGUUACGCAGCGCGACCCCUUCCCCUCCUCUCAUGUCCGUUACGAUACUAAUGGUGGAUACUUACAUACAUUGAUGACUGUAGAAUUAGUGCUCAUGUCUUGAUUACAACGCGAUAAAUCUAUCUAUCAA